AUGGAUAAAUCAUGGAUGUUAAAGAACAGGCUGAGUGAUGAGUAUAAGAAUGGGGUAGAGUCUUUCAUGGAAUUUGCCAUACAAAAUGACACCAAUAAUGAAUUGAUGUCAUGCCCAUGCUCGAAAUGUGGAAAUUUGAUGAGGAAAAAGAUUGACCUAGUACGGUUGCAUUUGUUGAGUAAUGGAAUGGACUUAACAUAUCAUACAUGGAUAUGGCAUGGAGAAAGAUCUACACGAAGUUACUCAACGAAAUAUGAAAAUGAAUUUGAGCAUCAAGAGCGUAAUUUUGUUCAUGAAGAACCAAUUGAUAUGGUCCAUGCUGCAUAUGAAGAAUUUGACAAUCCAAGUAAAUUUAUAAAAUUACUUGAGGAUGCAGAAAAACCUUUAUAUCCUGGAUGUGUUAAGUUCACCAAGUUAUCUGCAAUUGUCAAAUUAUUCAACUUGAAGGCAAAACAUAGUUGGAGUGAUAAAAGUUUUACUGAUCUUUUGACUAUCUUGGGAGAUAUGCUACCAUCCCCUAAUGAAUUACCUCCAACUAUAUAUGAUGCAAAAAAGAGUCUAGCUGCUUUAGGUAUGGAGUAUGAGAAAAUUCAUGCAUGUCCGAAUGAUUGUGUCCUAUACCGAAAAGAGUAUGAGCAUUGUGUGAGUUGUCCAACGUGUGGUGUCUCAAGGUGGAAAGAGUGCAUGAAUUCCUCAAUGAAAAACUCAAUUCCUGCAAAGGUAUUAUGGUAUUUUCCACCUAUUCCAAGAUUUCAAAGAAUGUACCGUAAUAAGGACAUUUCAAAGAACUUAACUUGGCAUGGUGAUAGAAGGGUUAAUGAUGGAUAUCUACGUCAUCCGGCUGAUUCCCCAUGUUGGAAGGUUGUGGAUCAUAGGUGGCGAGAAUUUCAAGAUGAACCAAGACAUCUUAGACUAGCUUUGUCAGCUGAUGGGAUCAAUCCUCAUAGUUUGAUGUCCUCCUCGUACUCUUGUUGGCCAGUUUUAUUGGUCACUUACAAUCUUCCACCUUGGUUAUGCUUUAAGAGAAAAUUCAUCAUGCUUACUUUAUUGAUUGCCGGACCUAAGCAGCCAGGUAAUGAUAUUGACGUGUACUUGGCACCAUUGAUCGACGACUUGACACAAUUAUGGAAAGUAGGAGUUGAAACAUAUGAUGCUUUCCGUGAUGAAAUGUUCUUACUUAAAGUUGUCCUGCUAUGGACAAUAAAUGAUUUUCCAGCUUAUGGAAACUUAUCGGGAUGCAAAGUUCAUGGAUAUCAUGCAUGUCCUAUAUGUGGUGAGAACACUUGUUCAAGAAGGUUGGAGCACAGUCGAAAGAUAUCAUACACAGGCCAUAGAAGGUUUCUUGAGCAGAGUCAUCCUUAUAGAAGGCAAAUGAAAGUAUUUGAUGGUACACAAGAGUUAAGAUCUGCACCAAAAGUGUUGAGUGGCCGUGAUGUUUUGAAGAGAGUUGCGGCAAUAGAAUGCAAGUGGGGAAAGAUGAGUAAAGAGAAAAAAGAUGGUGACAAAAGAAUAUGGAAGAAGAAGUCAAUAUUCUUUCAACUCGAGUAUUGGGAACAUCUACAUGUUCGACAUAUACUUGACGUGAUGCACAUUGAAAAAAAUAUUUGUGAAAGUCUCAUUGGCACAUUACUUAACAUCCCCGGCAAAACGAAGGAUGGAUUAGCCUCGAGAAAAGAUCUUGUAAGUAUGAAGAUGAGGACUGAGUUGGCUCCGAUUCAGGGUGAUAGAAGAACAUAUUUGCCAGCAGCAUGUUACACAUUAAGUAGGGGUGAGAAAAGGCAAGUUUGUGAAUCUUUAUCUCGAAUGAAGCUUCCAUCAAAUUAUUCAUCAAAUGUGAAUAAAUUGGUUUCACUUAAAGAUUCAAAACUUGUUGGGCUUAAGUCACAUGACUAUCAUACGUUAAUGCAACAAUUACUUCCCGUGGCAAUUCGUGGUGUCUUACCAGAUAAUGUUAGAUAUGCUAUCACCCGUUUGUGUUUCUUCUUCAAUGUGUUGUGCAGCAAAGUGAUCGAUGUGUCAAAGUUAGAUGAUAUCCAAAGAGAGAUUGUAACGACGAUGUGUUUGUUAGAGAAAUAUUUUCUUCCAUCCUUUUUUGAUAUUAUGGUUCAUCUAACCGUUCACCUAGUACGAGAAGUUAGGUUGUGUGGACCAGUAUGGUACAGAUGGAUGUACCCAUUCGAAAGGUACAUGCGAGUUUUGAAGACUUAUGUGAGAAACAGAAAUAGGCCUGAAGGAUGUAUGGCUGAGUGUUAUAUUGCUGAAGAGGCUGUUGAAUUUUGUUCGGACUAUCUAUCAAAUGUGCAAACAUGUGGCAUUCCGGAGUCACAGUACGAGAUUCAACAUACUAAGCCUCUAUCGUCGGCAAAUAUUUCUUCCAUUAGUACCGAGGAAUUGAUGCAAGCACAUAUGCAUUGCCUCGCUAACGAUGUUGAGAUCGAUCCUUAUAUACGACCACAGUUUGAAAACCGUGGUCUAUUAGCGCCCAUCUACCACUACACUACCUACAACAACACUCUUUUUACCCCUACGACUACGGUUUUUAACACUAGUCUAUCAGCAUUUUUCUUGUAG